AUGUUCUUCCGUGGCGCUGUUCAGUUCAAGGAGGCUCUUCUUAAUGGCAAUCCAGUAGCCGUGGCUACCGUGGGUAUCAUUUCGUUCCUCGUGCUAACCGUUGCGGCUCGAUGUACGUACUCGCUUCGGUCAUCAGCUUCAUCGACGGAUCACAAGAAAAGCACAAAUAGGCGUCGUCGGAAAGCUUCGGGGAGUGUGACCAGCACCCCCACAAAGCAGGCAGCAAGUCCCCCAGUCCAGACGAGGAAGCCGCCAAAGAAAGCAGAAUGUGAAACGGAAGCUUCGUCAAAUGCAUCAAUGGCGAAAACACUAGAGGAAGCGCAUUCACAAGAGAUCGAUGCAAACCAGCCACAGGAAGAUGGAGGCGGAGAUUGGUUUGUCGUUGCCAGCAAGAAGAAGCCCAGACCGAAGAAGGCGUAA